UCCGCGCACCAUGUUUGAACCUUUGAGCUUACCGUCGCCGCCAGAAAGUCACAUUGUUUUCCUAAUUUCCAGAAACGCCAACAAUAGAAGCCUGUUUCACACAUUUGGCACACUGAGUUAAUUUGUAUCCCUUACAGAAUUGAAAGCAACAUUUGAGCUUUGUCUUAACAUGGCGCUACCUAUAGCCAGUUAGGCUUACGUUCCUUACGUUGUGGAAGCAGUAAAAAGGUAGCUAACAGUUAGUGGGAAACCUACUGGCACCUAGUAGCGUUUUCAUUUCACUAUUAUUAGUCUGAAGCUUUUCCUCCAAAAUGAUGAACUAUUCUGACUACGACUCUGACGGAUAUUCGUCGAAUGAAGAUGCAGACUACGUCCCAUCAGAUGAUAACCUCAGUGAGGAUGACAUCAAUGAGUGUGAAAAGGAAGACCCUCUGCACGGGGAUGAAGAUGUGCCACAUCCUGGCGAUGUCUGCAAGAAGAAAAGGAAGAAGUUGGACAUCGGUAUGAGAAAGAGGAAGAAAGGAGUCCUGAAAGUAGAACAGGAAGAGAAGUCUGGAGGUGGAGCAGAAGAGGCACAGCUGCUGCAGGAAGUGGUGGAAGAACCCCCCAAGGUAGAGAAGGAGGAUGAUGCAAAACAGAAGAAAAAAUCAGAUGACCUCUGGGCGAGUUUCCUGUCUGAUGUUGGAUCCAGACCUAAGGACUGCCCACCUGCCUCACAGUCCAGUAACACAAAAAAGGGUGAUUCCUCAGUUUUGAAGGAUGCUCCUUUGAGUACAGAAACAAAAGCGUCAGAGCCUGCUAAAGUCACCAUCACUAAAGUUUUUGACUUCGCUGGAGAAGAAGUUAGGGUGAAUAAAGAGGUAUCCGCAGACUCCAGAGAAGCUAAGACUUAUCUGAAGAGCCAAAACACCAAACAGGAGGAGAAUGAAGACGAAGAGAAGAGUUUAUCACCCAACCAAUCACCUCUUCCUGGCCCAAGUGCCAAGCGCCCUGCAGGCAUGACGAGCAUCCUGGGUCGCAUCGGGGGAAAGAGGCAGAAGAUGAGCACGCUGGAAAAGUCAAAGAUGGACUGGGACGCUUUCAAAUCAGAGGAGGGCAUCACAGACGAGCUGGCCAUCCACAACAGAGGCAGAGAGGGGUAUGUGGAGCGGAAGAACUUCUUGGAGCGGGUCGACCACCGUCAGUUUGAGUUAGAAAAAGCAGUACGACUGAACAACAUGAAACAAUGACACAGACGGAUGGUGCGCACGCACGCACACACACACACACACACACACACACACACACACACACACACACACACAGAGAGUGGAACAGAUCUUCAGACUUCCUGUAUCUUGCUUUCUGUCUUUCUAAUGACAGAGUUGCUAUUUCCCCAGUACCGUGAGCUCCUACUGGUGCUGUGGCUCGGGUCUAUUUCAGGAAGGGGAUAUUAAUAGGCUGAGUUUGUGGAAUGGCGGGGUGUUGAGUUUUCUCAUACUUGUGAGAACCAAUUAGUCUCGAACCUUCACACUGAGGACAUUUUUGGGAAGUGAGGUCUUUCCUGCAUGUCCUGCUCCCUAAAGAGACUUGGUUUACUUUUGUCCAUUAUUUCUAUCCGUAGUUAUCGUCACACUCAUCAAGUUAAUUGCUGAGAUCAAGGAACACAGUGACGUUAAUGAAGAGAAAACCGUAAGAGUUUGAAGUUUGAAAUAAAUCAGGACUGGUUAAGGUUAGGCUACAUGUUGAGGUUAGGUGUGGCAGUGGGCAGAGCAACUGGCUAGGGAAGUAUUUGUUUCACUGAUAAUUUUCCUUUGAAAGUUCACCUGAUGUAUAUCUGGACCUUGCCUGGAUCACAUAAAACAUGCUAAUGCCCACCGUUUUGUUUUUGUUCUGUGCUCCAAAAACAGUUGAGCUAGCCUUUCUCCUUUUCUGUACUUACUUACAACUUAUAGCUAAUGUUUGCGAAACUCUAGCUAAUUAGCCAGUGUACAUCAUUGCCUUUAAAACCAUCUUCAUAAUGUGGGUCUCUUUUCAACAUAGAUUAGCCUAGCACAUCUCAGCAUAUAUAUAGUACAUGAAAGGAGGAAGUUGACCAAGGUUCCAAAAGGGGUGGGGCUAAGAAAGGGUAAAUUCCCAGUUGUAAUUUUCUAUACUGUUGUGUACUGCAACACCAGAAAAAAACUUGUACUUGUAAAGAUGUUAAAAUGAAAAAUUCUAGACAUAGGUGCUUUAGUUAGUGGAUAAAGAGUAGAUGUUGUGAGAGGAGGCUCGUCAUAAACAAAUGUUUGGUUGGAUUCAUGCCAUUGUGGGUAGAGUUUUCAUUUUAUUACAUAUUUGAUAUAAUCAUUAUGGGACACUGAAACACCCUGCUGGCCGCUUCAAUUAUGAUUAAAUGUAUUCAUGCAUUCAAGGUGAAAAGCUUUUCUGUAAUGAUCAAUACCACAGUAAAAGUGGAAUCAAUCAAGCUGCAUCUUGUCCAUCAUAUCAGAGGAGGACCACACUGACUGGAGCAGAUCUGAUGGUGAUGUCAGCCUGUCCCUCAGGCAUUGUUCUGUCCUGGUUGUAAACAAAUGGGGGAGAGAGUGGGGAGAGGAGAACUGCAAAAGGAGAGAGAAUGAGAAGGGACAAUUGAUGUCUUGUUAGUUUGACUGUAGAGUCAUUGAUACAGUUAUCUGUUUAUUCAUGUACAUAUUUAAUAUCCAAUAAACACAAGCUAACCAUUUUAAGAA